GUUGUUUAAGGUUGCUGCUGCUGCUGCUUAACAGGGAUGUUGAUGAUCAUCUUUUGGGUGCGCGCGCGUAGCUCUUGGAAAUCUGAGCGGGCGCGCGCGCGAAAAGGUAUUUAAGUUAUGUCAGCACGUAGAAGCCUUUCAGUUGUCACAUGGACGACACUCGACUUUUUCCUUACCAUCGUUGCCUAGGAUAUGGCAGUUUCGAAUUCUGUCGCGGAUGCGCACUAGAGAGCUUCGAGCGGAUUCAGUGGUUCUGAUUGUGUUAUCCGAGUGAACUUUUUUUUUACUAUCCUGCUGUGAUACGGUGAAGAGCACUUUCGAAGAAUAUCUAUGGACUGUGGACUUUCUGAAGCUAGUGAAUAGUGACGUUUUUGUGAAAAUAAAGAAAUUGCUCUGGACUGUUUGAAAAUUGAAGGACUAUCGGCUCUGAAGUGUUGUAAAAAGUGAAGAAGAUCAAAUAUAGUGCUAAAAGGAAAAAAAGGAGUGGAUUCACUAACAGUCAACAUCGCAUACGUUCGCCAGUUGUCUGUUACGUCAGUCGAUAGCCUCCCCUCUCUAUAGGGGAUAACGACGACGACAAAGACAACGACCACAAUGAGGAGAAGGACAUUCGGCCUAAGCUCAUUAGGUUUAAUUUUGCUCGUUCAGACUGCCGCGGCUCAGCUGUUCCCACUGACGAGCAGCGACGACAAUGCGCUGGUCCCCUCGGGAAAAAAGUUCCCCCGUCAGGCCAACGCCGUCGCACCCCGGCAUGACCACACCCACAUCGAGACCAUCGACGUUACGUGUGACCAGAAGAAUGGCAUGCUGGUGACGAUUGAGUUCGAGGCGGACUUUCAGGGAGUCAUCUACAGCCAGGGCUACUACAACGAUCCCAAGUGUCGGUACGUUUCGGCCGGCAAAGGAGGACGGUCGUUCUCGUUUACGGUGCCAUUCGCCGGAUGUGGCAGCAAGCCGUCCUGUUCGGUGUGCUCAUCAGUUGAUAACGUACUGGUGAUUCAAACCGACGAAGAUGUCCAAGAAGCGUGGGAUACUGCACGAAGAAUCUCGUGCAGCCAGGUGGAGCAGCAACAGAACACCAUCUUCUUCAAACCCUUCGUGGUUGAUAUGCUGGAGGUCGUCAAUGUCCCGACUGCAACCGGAGGUGUUGAAUGUUGGAUGGAUAUCCAGCGGGGAUCGUAUCCAAACGUUUCGCCAAUUCCCAGUGUUAUCAAAAUUGGAGAGGCACUCAGCAUUCUAGUGUAUCUGAGGGAUCCCAAGGGAGAGUAUGAUGUAUCUGUUAAGGAUUGUUAUGCAUACGACAGCCCUGAAUACGACGCGUCCGGAACUAGAAGGCUGCAGUUGUCCGACAAAAACGGCUGCUCUCGCAAAAAGAAAUUGUUCGGUCUCUGGGAAAAGACUACUCAAACAGGAAGUUCCGGUGCUACACUCAUUCUACACAACAACAUCAAGGCAUUCAAGUUCCCAGAUCGGAUGCAAGUGUUUUUGAAAUGCGACAUUGAAAUCUGUAGAGGAGGAUGUGGUCCUCAGGUUUGUGAAAUAGAAGAAUUGGUUAAAACUGUUGAGAAAUCGACCACUCAGCGACCAACUGCAGUCACAACCAUCCCUCCAAGGAGAGGAUCACGUCCGCCUCAAACUCGGCAACCCACGUAUACUACAGAAGCUCCCCCAAGAAGAACCCGUCCACCAGUUACAAGACCCAGUCGACCACCAACUUCAGCUCCAGCUACACGACAACCAGACACCACUGUUCCUCCUCGCCGAAGAACCCGACCUCCGGUCACUGCUACGACCGAGUUUGUCUGUACUCCUGGAUCUACUGAUGAUCGUUGCAACGCUGUGCUUGUUACGGAAAAGCCAAAUUGCUACCGAGGCUCAAGAGAUCCCCGUUGUCGCGUACCGUCUACAGUAGCUCCGGUUACCUCACCGCCGUUACGCUGUUUUCCAGUAUCAACCGACCCUCGUUGUCCAACUGUUCCUACCACUCAGGCUGCUCCGCAAUGCUUUCCUGGAUCGACCGACCCUCGCUGUCCAACACCACCACCAACUACCCCAGCUCCGCUCCGCUGUUUCCCAGGAUCGACCGAUGCUAGGUGCCCAACAACAUUCCGUCCAUCCACAACACGCCCUACUGGCAGGGGAACUCGUCCUACUGGCCGGGGUACACGUCCGACCGGCAGAGGAACAAGACCAACGCGUCCACAAACGGAAGCUCCAACGUAUCUUCCACCAGUUGAAAGCCAAAAGACUACCGCUGCUCCAGACUGUUAUCCUGGCUCUAACGACCCUCGCUGUCCUCGGCCAGUGCCAUCAACUCCAAGACCAGUAGAAGAAAUCGACGCUGCAUCUGGACCUUCAUGCUUCCCAGGUUCCAACGAUCCCCGAUGCCGAACACCGGUAUUGCGUUGUCCUCCAGGCACAACCGAUCCACGCUGCCCCGGGGCCACCAGACCAGCCCCAUCAACAACACGGGCACCAACUACACAAGGUUCAGUCCGGUGUUAUCCAGGAUCUCGUGAUCCAGCAUGUUACGAGAAGACGGAAUCUCCAACUUAUUUACCUCCAGUAGAGACUUCCACUGCUGCAGCAAGAUGUUUCCCAGGUUCUUCUGACCCAAGGUGUCCACAGACCACUCCUCGCCCAACGACACAAGCUCCAUUAAGGUGCUAUCAAGGAAGUACCGACCCGAGGUGUCCACAGAGCACUACUUCCCGGCCGCCUCCAACUACUACUCCUGCCGUUCGCUGUUAUCCUGGUUCGCCUGAUCCAAGGUGUCCACAGACCACAACUAGGGCAACAACUCCGGCUUGUUAUCCAGGAUCAUCUGACCCAAGAUGUCCGCCAUCAUGCUACCCUGGAUCAACGGACCCAAGGUGUCCACAGACCACUCCUCGCCCUACGACUCAAGCUCCAUUAAGGUGCUAUCAAGGAAGUACCGACCCGAGGUGUCCACAGAGUACUACUUCCCGGCCGCCGCCAACUACUACCCCAGGUGCUCGCUGUUAUCCUGGUUCGCCUGAUCCAAGGUGUCCACAGACUACAACUAGGCCAACAACUCCGGCUUGUUAUCCAGGAUCAUCAGACCCAAGAUGUCCACCAUCAUGCUACCCUGGAUCAACGGACCCAAGGUGUCCACAGACCACUCCUCGCCCUACGACACAAGCUCCAUUAAGGUGCUAUCAAGGAAGUACCGACCCGAGGUGUCCGCAGAGCACUACUUCCCGGCCGCCUCCAACUACUACUCCUGCCGUUCGCUGUUAUCCUGGUUCGCCUGAUCCAAGGUGUCCACAGACCACAACUAGGGCAACAACUCCGGCUUGUUAUCCAGGAUCAUCUGACCCAAGAUGUCCGCCAUCAUGCUACCCUGGAUCAACGGACCCAAGGUGUCCACAGACCACUCCUCGCCCUACGACACAAGCUCCAUUAAGGUGCUAUCAAGGAAGUACCGACCCGAGGUGUCCACAGAGUACUACUUCCCGGCCGCCGCCAACUACUACCCCAGGCGCUCGCUGUUAUCCUGGUUCGUCUGAUCCAAGGUGUCCACAGACUACAACUAAGCCAACAACUCCGGCUUGUUAUCCAGGAUCAUCAGACCCAAGAUGUCCACCAUCAUGCUACCCUGGAUCAACGGACCCAAGGUGUCCACAGACCACUCCUCGCCCUACGACACAAGCUCCAUUAAGGUGCUAUCAAGGAAGUACCGACCCGAGGUGUCCACAGAGUACUACUUCCCGGCCGCCGCCAACUACUACCCCAGGCGCUCGCUGUUAUCCUGGUUCGUCUGAUCCAAGGUGUCCACAGACUACAACUAAGCCAACAACUCCGGCUUGUUAUCCAGGAUCAUCAGACCCAAGAUGUCCACCAUCAUGCUACCCUGGAUCAACGGACCCAAGGUGUCCACAAACAACUGCUGCUCCAACGUACUUGCCGCCAGUUGAAGCGAGUACCAGUGCUGCCCCGCGAUGCUAUCCAGGUUCCCUUGAUCCUCGAUGCCCAACUCCGCCAUCAACUACGCAAUCUCCGCGAUGUUAUCCAGGUUCCAGCGACCCCAGGUGUCCAACAACGCCAAAACCACAGCCUACGACGACUCAGCCUGCCCGCUGUUAUCCAGGUUCAACUGAUCCACGCUGCCCGCAACCGAGUACGACUCCUGCCCUGCGCUGUUAUCCAGGUUCCAGCGACCCUAGGUGUCCAACAACUCCUAAACCACUGCCUACGACGACUCAGCCUGCCCGCUGUUAUCCAGGUUCAACUGAUCCACGCUGCCCGCAACCGAGUACGACUCCUGCUCCGCGCUGUUAUCCAGGUUCCAGCGACCCUAGGUGUCCAACAACUCCUAAACCACUGCCUACGACGACUCAGCCUGCCCGCUGUUAUCCAGGUUCAACUGAUCCACGCUGCCCGCAACCGAGUACGACUCCUGCCCUGCGCUGUUAUCCAGGUUCCAGCGACCCUAGGUGUCCAACAACUCCAAAACCACUGCCUACGACGACUCAGCCUGCCCGCUGUUAUCCAGGUUCAACUGAUCCACGCUGCCCGCAACCGAGUACGACUCCUGCCCUGCGCUGUUAUCCAGGUUCCAGCGACCCUAGGUGUCCAACAACUCCAAAACCACUGCCUUCGACGACUCAGCCUGCCCGCUGUUAUCCAGGUUCAACUGAUCCACGCUGCCCAACCACCGCUCGUCCGCAGCCAACAACUACUCCUUCCUUACGGUGCUAUCCCGGAUCUACCGAUAUUCGAUGCCCUACGACCACACCGAGACCGACCACACAGCCUGCCACAUAUCUUCCCCCAGUUCCAGAAACCACAGCUGUGGCUCGAUGCUAUCCGGGCUCUACUGAUCCUCGUUGCCCUGUUCAAACCACGGCACGACCGAAUUGUUACAGUGGCAGUACGGAUCCGCGUUGUCCGAAGCCUGUAAGCACGACACCUCGUCCGAUUCCAACCACUACUCCUGCGUUGAGAUGUUAUCCAGGUUCGCUAGAUCCUCGUUGCCCUGUUCAAACCACGGCACGACCAAAUUGUUACAAUGGCAGUACGGACCCGCGAUGCCCUAAGCCUGUGAGCACAACACCGCGACCGAUUCCAACCACGACUCCUGCGUUGAGAUGUUAUCCAGGAUCUAGUGAUCCCAGAUGUCCAACGACUCCACGACCAAGCCCAUCAACGACCCCCACAUUGCGCUGCUAUCCUGGUUCGACGGACCUUAGAUGCCCCCAACCCACCACAAGCCCCGCGCCAAAAUGUUACCCGGGAUCCACUGACCCGCGAUGCCCAACUACUCCCCGACCAACGACUACUAGUAGGCAGCCCUGCUAUCCUGGAUCACCAGACCCAGCCUGUCCAAGGCCAUUCUUUACCACAACCACUCCAUCAUCGUGCUAUCCAGGAUCUCUGGACCCUAACUGCCCGCAACCGUACAGACCAAGCAGCACGAACCCUCCAGCUACUUAUCUACCGCCACUGCCAGCCGCCGGUCUGCGUACCGCACGGCACUUGAGCGAAAGCACCCUGAAGGAUAUCAACGCCCUUGCGGAAGUAUCGGAACCUGAGCCAGCGGAGGAAAUCGCCGUCAUCGAUGAGAGCCAGAAUGUCCUCGAGCGCAGCAAACGAGACCUGGGCGAUCCAGCCAAGGAGAUCAUCUCGAUUACGCUCAGCGUAAAGGGAUUCCAGUUCGAACAGCUAUGAACGACCUCCGGCUAGUCGGAUUGCUAGAAAGUCUUGUCAGAGAAAAUACUCUUCGUUUUAACGUAGCAUUAGGUAAAAGAAAUUCACGUGUACAAAAGAUUCGAUCGAGCGUAACGGACAGCUGAGAGCUAAACGAUUAACGAAAGCAUGGUUUCAUUGGGAACGGUUCCAAAACUGUACAUAGCAUAGCAGGAACGGAGAACGAGUAUUCGUUGUUAUUGUAAAUAAAGAUACUUUUUGAAAUAGUGAA